GUUACUUUCACUUCUCGGGUCUUCUCUCCUUGCGUUUGACCCCAGUUAGCUUUUAUCAAGCAGCCGAUGCCAGUUUCCGCAAUGAACACUUCAGCAACGACAUUUUUCCGCGCCUGUCGCGCACCAUCCUCAUGCAGCUUCGUCCAGCGAUGCCCAUCAACAACCAAAUCCUUUCGCGCCUCGAAUCUACGCCCCAGAUACACCUCCGUCCCUCACUGCUCCGCCUUCUCCUCAAUACGGCGACUAAAUCAGGCACAACCCGUCGACGACAUCCCUUCUCCCGCAUCGGAAAGCAUCGUCAACGCCAACAAAGCCGAUGAAUCCUCGAAUCUCACACAAUCCGUUCUCGUGCGAUCCGAAACCAAGGCCAAAGAAGUUUUCUUCUCUCCUAUAGAAGUGCCUCUUGAUGCGGAGAUUGACCCAGAAGAAGCGGGACGACGAAAAAGCGAAGAAGCAAGAGCCGCUGCUGACGCAGCCUUCCUCGCCUCGUCCUUGCAGUUGACAGGCCGGGUCUCGCGCGUCGGCACCAUGCGCAAGACCGUCCGCGUCAGCCGCACGGUGCAAGUCUGGGACGAGUACCUGCGGAAGAACUACAAACGGGAAGCGUGCGAUUUGGUGCACGACCCCAAAGACAUCUUGAACGAGGGCGACGUUAUCACGUACGGUCCCUUUCCGCCGAGUCUGCUCGAGGCCAGGGAACAAAGAGGCCAGACCGGCGGGAAGAGCAGAGUCAAGUAUGUGCUACGGGAUGUGCUUACGCCAUUUGGCACGCCUGUGGAACAAAGGACGAGCAGAGUGGUGGGAAGCCCCGAGGGAAGGUGGGAGGGCGGGCCGGGACAGGUCCAGAAAGUGGCCGUGAGGAGCAGGGGGAAGGCGAAGCCCAAGGUGCAAGUGCCGCUGUUCAAGAAGGAUGGCGCUAUGAGUGGGCGACAGGCGGGCCUCGGGGUUAUCAGGCAGGCGAGGCGUGAAGCGGCGUAAGAAGGAGGCGAGCUGAAACUCGAACGGGCAUGGCUACCCAUUGUGUCUUGCGAGAUUCCAGAUACCGAAAAUGCGGAGGACCAGCUCUACAAAUCCCGCAGCUCACGCCCACAGACGUGUACACGGGCCGCCGAUGGUUUGCGAAGGAGUAACGUCCGACACGUAAGCCUCGAUGUACAGACGGCUCGCCUCCGCAUUCCACCUCAUUCGCGACCGGACGUGGCCAGCAGGGUUGUAGCAAGAAAGUCUCAAAACUAGGCCUUGGCCCGACGCCGAUGGGCUUUCUUUCGAGCUCAGAACAGCAAGUAUUGAAGUGAUAUAGCAGUCCUGUGGCAGCGCACUUGAGGCUGUGGGAUAUCGAGCCUCAAACCCUCAGGAAUAUACCGGCGUGAGAAAAUGAUUCCAGCGGUGUCCAGAUGCGAAUGCAGCAAAGGUUGCCAGGGACUCUGAGACAUUGCUGUCUUUUCGAGGGCAGUGUUGGGUCUGGUCGUUCGCCUGUACCGAUAACAAUACUUGGAGAAACAAUUAUGCGAAUUAGAAGUUCAAUAAAGAGCUCCCUUCUAAG